CUUGACGUUGACGUCAUUUACGCAUAACCUAAAAAGUUCAGUUUUAGUCAGUCAGUAUUCAGAUGGUUCCACGCUCAAUUAAUUCCUCUUUUUUUUAAGUUCGUUUUAUAAUAGUUCAUGAGAAAUGGCUGGAAUGAGAGAAAAUGCUGCUGUAUUAAAACAUCUUCAAGUUAUUUUGGGAAACGAUGUUUCAAAUGAUAUAGUUAGAUAUAUAAGUAGUAUAGAACAUGCAGAAGAUUAUGAUGAAUUCAUGGAAAACAUUGUGGACAGAAGUAAUAGCGGUCAUGUCAGGGCUUAUGAGACAAUCAAGUAUUUGCUCUUUGGACACACUGAUAACAAAGUCGAUAACAAACCACCACAAAAUAAUACAUCUGAAAAGCAGGGUGGUAGCAAGCAAAGUAAUUAUGCUUCAUCAAGUAAGAAAGGAAAAACAAGGUAUACUGAUAUCCACAAAUACCAAGAAAAGAAGAAACGGCUUGGAAGAACAGUAUGUGAUUGCUUGGGUCAAGAACAUGAUUUUAUGAAUAAUUGUGUACAUUGUGGAAGGAUUCACUGUAUGGAGGAAGGUCCAGGAUCAUGCCUGUUUUGUGGAAAUAAGAUUUCUUUGAGAGGAGAGGAAGGCAUAGAAAUUACCAAAAAAGGAAAAGCUAUCAUGAAGCCAAAAGAAAACAAGGUUUUUGAUGAUGACAACGAUUACUUCAAAAUAAAUGCCAAGAAAAAAGAUAACAAGAGUGUUAAGCAAAAUAUGGUUGUUGCCUUAGAUUUUGCUACUAGAAGGGUUAUCGAAAGCUCUGAGGAGGACGUGAAAAUCAAAGAAAGACUAUUGCAGGAAUCAGUGGAACAUUUGCAAAGGGUUCAACAGACCUAUAAGCAACUUCAGAGACAGUCUGAACAGUAUUAUAGUGAAUGUUUGAAAAAAGAGAAUGAGGAUUUGAUCAAUUUGCUGAUAAAAAUGCGUCAUAAAAAACCAAUUGGUGAGGAAGAAGAUUUGGCUAUGGAAGAUAGUAACAUGGCUUUGGUGAACUAUGGAACUCGCGUAUUUGAUGAGGAGAUGAUUACAAAUACAGAUCAUGGGGUAUGCCUGAGCAUGCAUCAACCAUAUGCUAGCCUCCUUGUAGCGGGCGUGAAGAAGCAUGAAGGAAGGACAUGGCCUACCAACCAUCGUGGAAGGCUUUGGAUUGCUGCAGCAGCCAAGGAGCCUGAUGAGGACGAAGUAGAGGCAGUAGAAGCUUUUUAUAGGAAAUACUAUCAAGAGAAUACCCUUACUUUCCCAAAGGACUACCCAACUGGAUGUCUUCUAGGCUGUGUUUUUGUUGAGGACUGUUUAGAGCAUGAGGAAUACAGAAAAAGAUAUCCCAAUGGAGAGAGCAACAGUCCAUUUGUGUUGAUCUGCUCAAAUCCAAUGAUUUUGCCCAUUUUUUAUCCUAUUGUUGGGAAGCACAAAAUAUACCCACUGGAUAAAGAACUGCACCAGUGUGCAAAGAUGGCUCUGCAACAUGCAAAAUAUGCAGACACUUUGUAGAAUAGGAAGAAGAAAACGAUGGUGAAAAAUCAGAUUGACAUUUAUUUUAUGGUACAUGUAUAACACUGAUCUUAUUUGUUUGAAACAUUAAACGUUUUUUUUAUCCCCUUUAUUACAGUUUACAGAAAAAGAUUUACUCUUAUUAACAAAUGAUAUUUUGAGUAUUUGUAUAUCUAUACAUUGCACAAGGGUAUGACCAGAAAUUUAAAGUGUCUGCAUUAACUGAAGUAAUUGAAAAUCGAUUUAAAUGGAUUAUCUAUCUACACAUGGGAUGAAUUUAAGCUCUUUCAAAAAGGUACAGCUUGUGCGUUUUACCUUUUCAUAGAAGUACGAUAUUAGAAACAUUUUUUGAGCAUACCCUGGCGGUUUAUCUUUUUUUUACAAUAGAGUAACAGUAUGUUCUUAUCAACUAGAACUGGUAGCCCAGAUGCCUCCAAUUUCUUUUGAUUACCGUUUUAUAUACUAAUUUGCUAAUUAUUUAAUUUUGGAAUUGGGUCAUCUGCAAUACUUCAUUUCAGUUGCUUAAAUAUGGAGAUUUAUGAAUAAGUUUGUUAUAAUCCACCAGUUUUGUCUAGCCAGUGGAACCACAUAUAUUUGAAAUUCUUCUUUAAAGUAGUAAACGUUUUGGUCACAAUGGUGACCUUCUGUUUUGACUGAAAUGUUCAUUACAUUAAAGAAGAAUUUCGAAUAUACAAUGAGGUUUGUUUGGUCAGUUAAGCAUGGCGGAUUAUCAACAUGAAAACCAUAGGAUAAUUUUCAGAUUUUACAUUCAGUUUGUGAUAUUUUACACUUUGUAUGUAUUUUUUGUUAUGUACACUUGCAAAGUUCCGUUGUUAUCCACUUUCUGUUAAUAAUAAUUUUAUAUACAGGCCGAAAUUGUAUAUGUGCUAUGUAUUUACAUUAUAUUGUUGAAUAUCACAAAAUACAAUGACUUGAGCAUUACUUCCACAAACUUUAUACUUUUUACAGUGAUACACAAUUAUAACAGAAGAUAUAUGAUCUAGCGUCAGUUAAUAUAUUUUUUAAUUGACUUGGACUCGUCACCACUUUUUCAUGCAUCAAAUAUGUAAAAUAUUCUUCGACGCUUCCUAAGACGUGUGUAUUUUAUUAUUCUUUAUUAUUCGUUUUAUGUUCUGUCU